GUCCUGUGCUUCACGAUGCUGGGGCUGGGCUGCACGGUGGAGGUCAGUCAGCUGGGAGAGCACAUCCGCAGACCCAUCGGGGUGCUGCUGGCGCUGGUGUGUCAGUUUGUGAUCAUGCCCUUGGUGGCCUUCCUGCUGGCUUUAGCCUUCUCUCUGAAUGGUGUGGCAGCGAUGGCCGUUCUGCUCUGUGGCUGCUGCCCGGGAGGAAACUUGUCUAAUAUCAUGUCUCUGCUGGUGCACGGGGAGAUGAAUCUAAGCAUCAUCAUGACCAUAUCCUCCACUCUGUUGGCGCUCGUGCUGAUGCCGCUGUGUCUGUGGAUCUACAGCCGGGCCUGGAUCAACACGCCUGUGGUCAACCUCAUGCCGUUCGGGGCCAUCAUCCUGACCCUGUGCAGCACUCUCAUCCCCAUCGGUUUAGGAGUUCUGCUGAGGUACCGCUACACGCGCGUGGCCGACAUUGUUUUGAAGGCCUCCCUGUGGUCUCUGCUCGUCACCCUCUUGACGCUCUUCAUCCUGACCGGAGCGAUGCUGGGGCCGGAGCUGCUGUCCACCAUCCCGCCCUCUGUCUACGUGGUGGCGGUGCUGAUGCCUCUGUGUGGCUACGCCGCAGGUUACGGUCUGGCCGUGCUCUUUGACCUGCCGCCCAACUGCCGCCGGUCGGUCUCCCUGGAGACCGGGUGCCAGAACGUGCAGCUGUGCACCGCCAUCCUGAAGCUGGCCUUCCCCCCUCAGCUGAUAGGAGGGAUGUACAUGUUCCCGCUCUUGUACGCCUUGUUCCAAGCGGCCGAGGCCGGCAUCUUCAUCCUGGCCUACAGGAUGUACAGGAAGGAGUCCCUGCACAAACCGGAGCGGAUGGGGGACGGCGAGGACACAGACAUAACAUAUCAAAGGUUUAAUGAUGAUGAGGACUUUGACUCAUCUUAUGGUGCUGUGACAGUGAGUGACCCAAACACCAUCAUGUUGGACCCCUGUCCUCCAGAUCCGACCCCUGUUUAA